UUAGGACUUUAAAUAUAAACAUGAAUUUAGAUUCCAUUCAUCGAUUAAUUGAGGAAACACAAAUCUUCCAGAUGCAGCAGUCAUCGAUUAAAACACGCUGUGACACGGUAGCAACUGCCUCACCUUCCAGGGAUACUUGUAAUUCUUGCUUCCCACCUUAUGAACUACAAUCUUAUGCAGUCCACAAUUUCUGUGCUCACUCACAUAACACCAACGAAUGGGAUAUUGGUGAAGAACUUCGCCUGCGAGAGCUUGAAGAAGUCAAGGCCAGAGCUGCCCAGAUGGAAAAGACCAUGCGGUGGUGGUCAGACUGCACAGCCAAUUGGAGGGAAAAAUGGAGUAAAGUUCGAGCUGAAAGGAACAGUGCUAGGGAGGAAGGAAGGCAACUCAGAAUAAAAUUAGAGAUGGUGAUGAAAGAAUUGAGCGCACUGAGGAAGAAACAAAGUUUGCCACCUCAAAAGGAGGCAUUGGAAGCUAAAGUUACCCAGAACCUGAAGCUUCCUGGUUUCAUAGAAGUGUCCUGUGAACAUAGAGGCCAAUUUCAAAGUCAUUCCCAAAUGUGUGAGUCUAUCAGAGAGUGCCUAAUAAAAAGACAAUUCUCUACAAAGCAAAAAACAAAUAGUACGGAAGAAGGUGUGGUUAUUGAUCCACUAAGAUUAAAUGAGGAGAUGAAACCCAAUCUAGAUUGUGUUGAUUUAUUCAAGAAUGAUGGUUCUGAAAACUGUGCAACGAAACCUGUACUGGGACUGCAAGCAAUUCAUCUGCCUCUGAAAAAUGGAGUAACUGAAAUUUCAGCUUUGCAAGUGCAUUUGGAUGAAUUCCAAAAAGUUCUAUGGAAGGAAAAAGAAAUGCGCACAGCUUUGGAAAAAGAAGUAGAACGACUGGAGUCAGCUUUGUCUCUAUGGAAAUGGAAGUAUGAAGAAUUGAAAGAAUUGAAGCCCCCAAAUGUGAAAGAGUUUGUCAUUCUUCCUGGCCAACAUGCAAAUGAAAUGGAAGGAACAUCAGGAAAUAUAAAGGAAGACUUGAAAUCUCAGAACGACAAAGAUAGAGUGAUCUGUGAAUUAAGAACACAGCUGGAGAGAUUGCAGGCUGAAAAUACCUCAGAGUGGGACAAGAGAGAGAUACUUGAAACAGAAAAGCAAGGAUUAGAGAGAAAAAAUAGAAGACUGAAGAUUCAGGUGAAGGAAAUGGAAGAGCUUCUAGACAGGAAAAACAGAUUAAGUGCAAACUCUCAAGAUUCUGAUUUCAAGAUGUCGCAAAUUGAUCUGCAAGAAAAAAACAAGGAACUAUUGAACCUUCAACAUGCCUACUAUAAACUAAGCAGACAACACCAGGAAAAAAUUGCAGAACUGACUCAUGCUAAGAACCGAGUGGAUAAAAAUGAGGAAGAAGUAAAGAAACUGAGAUUUCGAGUGGAAGAACUAAAACAGGAGCUCAACCAAAAAGAAGACGAGGUACUGCUUAAUAAGUGAACACACACUGAACAGUGUCAAAGCAGAAUUUUUUAG